UGUUGGCUGAAUGCGAUGGCGGACUGCUAUGUCCCCAGACCUUACCAGAGAUCGAAGGGAGAAAGUCAUUGAAUUUGCACCGGAACCGUUAUAUCGUAAUCAAACCACCUGUUAUAGGGCGGGAGGAUUCUUUUCCGCCAUCCCUCUUAAGAAUAGUAUGGGACAGAGUUAAUUUGGAGUACAUUAUUUUGGACAAGACAGAGUGCGCUUAGUGCAGGCUGCCGCAUGCGAGCCAGCAAGUUGACAGAUAUAACAAAACUCGAGUCAACAGGGGACAGUCCUAAAAGGAAUUACGGAGGUUGAAGAUAUAGCUGCUCCAACAAAAUGAAAUUCGCGGAGCACCUUUCGUCUCAUAUUACUCCGGAAUGGAGGAAACAGUACCUUCAAUAUGAGGCGUUCAAGAGUAUGCUGUAUGCAGCCCAGGACCAGGCCCCAUCCAUAGAAGUCACAGAUGAAGACACUGUCAAGAGAUACUACGCCAAGUUUGAGGAGAAGUUUUUCCAGAAUUGUGAGAAAGAGCUUCUGAAGAUCAACACAUUCUAUUCAGAGAAACUUGCUGAAGCACAGAGGCGUUUCGCCACCCUGCAGAAUGAGCUGCAGUCGUCUCUGGAUGCACAGCGGGAGAGCAAUGCCCCAGGCCUCCGCAAACGCAAGACGGUGUUCCACCUGUCCCAGGAGGAGCGCUGCAAACACCGCAACAUCAAGGACCUGCAGCUGGCCUUCUCCGAGUUCUACCUCAGCCUCAUCCUGCUGCAGAACUACCAGAAUCUGAACUUCACAGGUUUCCGUAAAAUCCUGAAGAAGCAUGAUAAGAUCCUGGAGACCCCCCGCGGGGCUGACUGGCGUGUGGCCCAUGUGGAGGUGGCCCCUUUCUACACCUGUAAGAAGAUCACUCAGCUCAUCUCUGAGACAGAGGCUUUGGUGACCACAGAGCUGGAGGGAGGGGACCGUCAGAAAGCCAUGAAGAGGCUGAGAGUGCCUCCACUGGGGGCAGCACAGCCUGCUCUAGCCUGGACUACCUUCCGCGUUGGCCUCUACUGUGGGGUCUUCAUAGUCCUCGCUAUCUCCUUCCUCCUCACUGGUGCUGUACUCAUCCGGUAUGAGAACGUGUGGCCUCUGGUGCGUAUCUACCGAGGUGGCUUCCUGCUGAUUGAAUUCCUCUUCCUGUUGGGCAUUAACACCUAUGGCUGGCGCCAGGCGGGGGUCAACCACGUGCUCAUCUUCGAGUUGAACCCUCGCAGCAACCUCUCCCACCAGCACCUGUUUGAGAUUGCUGGUUUCCUGGGGGUGCUGUGGUGUUUGAGCAUCCUGUCCUGUCUGUACUCUGAGUACACCAUGCUGCCCAUGCAGGUCAACCCUCUCAUCCUCUACGGCUUCAUGCUCCUCUUCCUCAUCAACCCCUUCAAGACUGGCUACUACAAGUCCCGCUUCUGGCUGCUCAAACUGCUGUUCCGUGUGUUCACAGCGCCGUUCCACCGCGUGGAGUUUGCAGACUUCUGGCUGGCCGACCAGCUCAACUCUCUGGUGAUUGUACUGAUGGACCUGGAGUAUCUCAUCUGCUUCUACAGCUUUGAGCUCAAAUGGACCGACCGCAAAGGCCUCCUGCCCAUGUUCAACGGUGAUUACACGUGCCAUAGUUACUCCUACGGUCUCCGUGCCAUCAUCCAGUGUCUGCCCGCUUGGUUCCGUUUCGUGCAGUGCCUCCGUCGGUACCGUGACACCAAGCGAGCUUUCCCUCACCUUGUCAACGCUGGCAAAUACUCCACCACUUUCUUUGUGGUCACCUUCGCCGCUCUCUACAGCACCCACAAAGAACAAAAGCAUUCUGAUGCAGACAUGUUCUUCUACCUGCUGAUGGUGUUCUCAGCCGUCAGCUCCCUGUACACACUGAUCUGGGACCUGAAGAUGGACUGGGGCCUGUUCGACCGUGGAGCAGGAGAGAACACCUUCCUCAGGGAGGAGAUCGUCUACCCACAGAAAGCAUACUACUACUGUGCCAUCAUAGAGGACGUGAUCCUGCGUUUCGCCUGGACCAUCCAGAUCUCCCUCACCACCAUGACCAACAUCCCCUCUGUGGGAGACAUUGUGGGCACAGUGCUGGCGCCUCUAGAGGUGUUCAGGCGUUUUGUCUGGAACUUCUUCCGUCUGGAGAACGAGCACCUGAAUAACUGUGGUGAGUUCCGUGCCGUGAGGGACAUCUCAGUGGCUCCGCUGAAUGCUGACGACCAGACACUGCUUGAGCAGAUGAUGGACCAGGAGGAUGGAGUCAGGAACCGCCAGGGCAAGAAGAGCUGGAAGCGCAGCUACAGCCUGUCUCUACGACGCCCUCUGAUGUCCUCUCAAUCAUCCAAGAAGGACACCAAGGUGUUGAUAGAGGAUACGGAUGAUGAGGCCUUCAGCUGAGCCCAGGGCAUCAGCUCUACACCCCCAGUGAUCUUAUCACUCCAUCACAGAGCUGCCUCACCACACACACACACACACACACACACACACACACACACACACACACAUCGGCAGACAGACACAAACUAAUACAUACAUGCAGUGACACACACAACAAUUAACUUACUCAAGCACAAUCUCAGUAUAUGAUAUUGGUAUAGAUGAGGUGGAAUUACACACACAGUUCUGUUGUUCAGACCAAGAGGGAUACACACAGGAACAUAUUGGAGAAAAAACACCCAGACCUGGGAUUUUCCAAUGAGUACUUUUAUUUAUUUUUAACAGACUCCUUUAGUUUCUCUUCUUGAUGUUAAUACUUUUUAGUUUGUAUAUUUGUUUUUGUAGUUCUUUGCCAUUUUUAAAGAUGUAAUAAUAGAGAAUAAACAACUGUUUACAUGCAUUUAGUCUAUCAGGAUCAACAGGGAUAAGACAGAUGAAUCAAAAAGACUAAUAAUAAUAAUAACCAACCCGAGCAUGGACUCUGCAACAUUAACCACAGCACAUCAACCACAUCAACUGGUUUCAACCUGUUGCUUCUUUUUCUACUCUGCGUUUUGGGUUGAUUUUUUUUAAAUUAUUGAGUUGUAAUAAUGAAGUCGGUGUAAAACCCUGGCGGCACUUGCAGGAAAAGUGCAUUUCAUACAAACAAACCAAAACAACUUGCACAAAAAUAUCAUUUGAACAUAUGAGUCUGUUAAAGUUGCUUUGUAUAUUUGUUAAUGUGCGUUAUUUGGAUGUCAGAACUAUUAUGUACCCCAUGUAUUAUUUAGAAGAAUGACAAUAGCUUGAGCAUCUGUGCAAUGAUAUUGAUGUGUUUCUCAAUGGUGGGAAUGUUGUUAGACUUGUGCCAUGCUUUCUAGAAGCCGUUGUUGUCAAAGAGUGCAAACUCUUCAGGUGGCUCAUUCUCCCUCUCAUACAAGCUAGGCCCACAGAUCAGUUAGUCAGAAACACGUGACAACUUCAAAGUUAUCUAAUUAGCUCAUGGCAAGUGCCCUACACGUGCAAAACUGUACUUUGCUUUUCUGCCAAACGUGUUCUUUUAAUGAAUGUCGUUGGCUGGCGUAUCAUCAACCAUCUAGCUAGCCUGAGAAGAAUGGUCUGUUCUGUGCGGCGGUGGAGUUGAGAAGACUGGGUGAGCGUUUUUUUCCCAUUUCUCUGCCCUUUAGGAAAACGAUCCCAUUCUCUUUUGAUCAGUCAACAACUGAAACGGCACCGUUGACUGUUUUUCUAUUGCAGUGUUUUCUACUGAUGGUGUGGGGCACUUUGCGUCUGUUCUGUUGUUUUGCUAUCAGCCUUCUCAGAACAGUGGCGACAGAGAUCAGCGGACAGUGACCAGCGUUUCCACUGGGGUUCCUCUGACCGCCCAAGUGGGUCAUGUGGAAUCUUCACAGGAUACUGUUGACAUCUUGACGAGGGCUUUUCCAUGGGAGGAAUCCCCUGGUUAAACAUGAGAUCAUCAUGCCAUGUCUGCUAGCCCUCGCACUCUCCACAUAACAGUCCUCACACCCUGAUCACUGUCAUCUCUCUGAAAGAUCUACCACUUUUACAACAUAGCUGCUGCAUCACCACUUUUGAAUAUAGAAUGCAUGCGUCAUGUACAGUCAUCAUAGGCCCUGGGACUCUGCAUGUGUUGUUUUACUACCGGUAGUGUUUGUCAGGCUUAUUGACUAGAACAGGGACCAAGUGUGUGAGUCGUGUCUCUGCUGUGUCAGGUGAUCUCUAAUCCUGGAAAGACCUUGCUGUGAAACAGUAGUUCUCAGAUCAGAUAGCCAUGAUUCAACGGGGCCUGGUCCUCCUUGGGUUGUAAAAGGCCUGCAGUAUUUACUGGGUUUUAAGGGUUAGUUCAUAGUUUCAAGUCUCAGUGGCCAAACAUUCUGUUGAAGGUGAGGGUGAUUUCUGUCACCAACUCAUUCUACAGUACAUGUCAGUUUCUCUUGUUUUUUUUUUUUUGGCAAUGCACUUAUCAACAAAGCUCAUGAUUUUGCUGUAAUGUUUGCUUUAAUGUACUUUUUAUAACUUAGUGAAUUUUGGUUUUGCCAAGAAAAAUGACACCAUGGAAAUUGUACAACUGUUAGCGCUCUUUUUGUUUGUCUAGUUUGUCACAUGCAUGCUUUACUUGUAGACAAAUAUGAUUUGCGAGCACAAUCUUUAUCGGCUGUAACUCUGAAAGUGGGCAAGCCCCUUUCUGUGGGCUUUCUGGCUUUUCUAAGGAAGGAUAAGUGUCACUACCUGUUUCUCCCCCCCCAGUGUGUGAAAUCCUGUCUCUCUCACUCUGUGGCUUAGCUGUUGACAUGAUGCAGUAGCCAUGAGUUGAUCAGCAUGAGCUCGUCUUUAUUGUUUAGACUAUGGACGUGUCUAAUGAUAAAUUACGGUUGGGGACCCAGCACAAAAUCUGUGUAAAUUGCAAAGUCCAUAGGCUACAAAAUGUGUUGCAAAUGCUUAAAAGUGCCAUCAACAACCAGAAUGACAUACAAUGGCUUGUGCCUUUGAGAUAUAUUUCUUAUUGUGGUGAGGAUUGUAGUCAGAAAGACAUAUGGCACUUAGGGAUGUGCCAUGGCGUCUGGUACGUCAUUAAUACCACUAUCACAAAACACACAAUUCAAUUAUUCUAACUACGGAGUGCGUCCUCUUUGUUGAAGUAUAGUUGCUCCCACUUUCUUCUCUUCCCAUACUCACGAUAACUACUGAACAGGCCAGUCAACCAGUCUUUCCACCAAAAACCACAGCUGCGAGGAUGCCUUUACAUUCCUUGUAGCUUUUGCAUUUCAGGCCUUUUAAAGCGACACAAAACACAAAUACACACUGUUUAAUCUUAUCUAAACCUCCCUCCAACAUUGUCCUCUUGUCAGAGAGCAAAAACUUCUCCCUCCAACUUCAUGAUUGCUUUAGUAUCGCUCUACCGAUUGUCUUGCCUGCAUGCUGGUUUUGUUUUCCACUGUACAUAUCUUUAUUUAUUUUUCACUAUAUGAAGAACACUGAUUAUUCGAGCUGUUCUGAUCAUUCUUGAUUACAUACAGUGCAUUCAGAAAGUAUUCAAACCCCUUCCAUUUGACACUGUGUUACGUUACAGCCUCAUUCUAAAAUAGUUAUUUUUCCUCAUCAAGCUACACACAUUACCCCAUAAUGACAAAGCAAACAGGUUUUUAUAAAUUGUAGAAAAUUGAUUUUUUUAAAAUUCUACCUUAAAUCACAUUUACAUAAAGUAUUCAGACUCUUUAAUCAGUACUUUGUUGAAGCACCUUUGGCAGCGAUUACAGCUUCGAGUCUUCUUGGAUAUGACACUACAAGCUUGGCACACCUGCAUUUGGGGAGUUUCUCCCAUUCUUCUCUGCAGAUCCAUUCAAGCUCUGUCAGGUUGGAUGGGGAUCAUCUCUGCACAGCUAUUUUCAGGGUCUCUCCAGAGAAGUUCGAUCAGGUUCAAGUCCAGGCUCUGGCUGGGCCACAACAACAUUGAGAUUUAUCCCGAAGCCACUCCUGCGUUAUCUUGGCUUUAUGCUUAGGGUCGUUGUCCUGUUGGAAGGUGAACCAUUGCCCCAGUUUGAGGUCCUGAGCAGGCUUUCAUCAAGGAUCUCUGUACUUUGGUCCAUUCAUCUUUGCCUCGAUCCUGACGAGUCUCCUGGUCCAUGCCGCUAAAAAACAACCCCACACUGAUGCUGCCUGCCACCACCACGCUUCACCAUAGGGAUGGCGCCAGGUUUUCUCCAGACGUGACGCUUUCGGGGCAAAGAGUUCCAUCUUGGUUUCAUCAUACUAGAAAAUAUUAUUUCUCAUGGUCAGAGUCCUUUAGGUACCUUUUGUCUUUUACUGAGUGGCUUCCAUCUGGUCACACUACCAUAAAGGCCUGAUUGGUAGAGUGCUGCAGAGAUGGCUGUCCUUCUGGAAGGUUCUCCCAUCUCUACAGAGGAACUCUGGAGCUCUGUCAGAGUGACCAUCGGGUUCUUGGUCACCUCCCUGACCAAGGCCCUUUUAACCCGAUUGCUCAGUUUAGCCGGGUGGCCAGCUCUAGGAAGAGUUGAUGGUUCCAAACUUAUCCAUUUAAGAAUGAUGGAGGCCACUGUGUUUUUGGGGACCUGCAAUGCUGCAGAAAUAUUUUGGUAACCCUUCCCCAGAUCUGUGCCGACAAAUGUGGGACCUUAUACAGAAAGGUGUGCCAUUCCAUAUCAUUUAUAAUCAAUUGAAUUUACCACAGGUGGACUCCAAGUUGUAGAAACAUCAAGGAUGAUCAAUGGAAACAGGAUGCUGUACGUCAUUAUAGGGUGUUGCAUGUAGAUUGAGGAAACCAUAUAAUCCAUUUUAGAACAAGGCAGAAACGUAAUAAAAUGUGGAAAAAGUGAAGGGGCCUUUUGAAAUGCACUGCAUAUUUUGUUUUCCAUAUAGCUUUAAAACAAGCAGUAUUCUAGGUGGUGAUGAGCAUUUUGAUUGUUCACAAUCCUGCAUUCAAAUGUAAAACCUGUUGAAUUGUGUUUGUAAAAAAAGAAACAGAAGUUCAUCUGGAUUGUGAUUGGUCGUAUUUUGUUGGGGUUUCAAUACUUUUUUCUGGCUCCCUCAUCCUCAGGGUUCAUUGGCAUCCAGGGCUACUGGAGGGAGGGGACUAGGGGUUGGCACAACCCUCACUCCAUAGUGUUGACACUAACAAGAUACUAAUGGAGGACAUUAUCUUAGAAGCAUUCUAAUGCAUAUACAGUGGCUUCGAAAAGUAUUCAGACCCCUUGACUUUUUCCACAUUGUUACAUUACAGCCUUAUUCUAAAACCUACACACAAUACCUGACAAAGCGAAAAACAACUUUGUAGCAAUUUUUGCAAAUGUAUUAAAUUUAAAACUGUAAUACCUUAUGUAAAUAAGUAUUCAGACCCUUUGCUAUGAGACUCAAAAUUGAGCUCAGAUGCAUCAUGUAUCCAUUGAUCAUCCUUGAUGUUUCUACAACUUGAUUGGAGUCCACCUGUGGUAAAUUGAUUGGACAUGAUUUGGAAAGACACACACAUGCCGGACAUAAGGUCCCACAGUUGACAGUGCAUGUCAGAGCAAAAACCAAGCCAUGAGGUUGAAUUAGAGCUCCGAGACAGGAUUGUGUCGAUGGCACAGAUCUGAGGAAGGGUCCAAACACAUUUCUGCAGCAUUGAAGGACGUCCCCAAGAACACAGUGGCCAUCAUUCUUAAAUUGAAGAAGUUUGGACCCACCAAGUCUCUUUCUAGAGCUGGCCGUCCAGCCAAACUGAGCAAUCGGGAGAGAAGGGGCCUUGGUCAGGGAGGUGACCAAGAACCCGAUGGUCACUCUGACAGAGCUCUAGAGGUCCUGUGUGGAGAUGGGAGAACCUUCCAGAAGGACAAUCAUUGCAGCACAAGCCCAAUCAGGCCUUUAUGGUAGAGCGGCUAGACUGAAGCCACUCCUCAGUAAAAGGUACGACAGCCCGCUCGGAGUUUGCCAAAAGGCACCUAAAGAUUAUUAGACCAUGAGAAACGAGAUCCUCUGGUCUGAUGAAAUCAAGAUUGAACAUUUGGCGUGAAUGCCAAGCGUCACCAUCCCUACGUUGAAACAUGGUGGUGGCAGCAUCAUGCUGUGGGGUUGUUUUUCAGCGGCAGGUACUGGGAGUCUAGUCAGGAUUGGGGGUAAGAUGAACAGAGCACAGUACAGAGAGAUCCUUCAUGAAAACCAGCUCCAGAGCUCUCAGGACCUCAAACUGGGGCGAAGGUUCACCUUCCAACGGGACAACGACCCGAAGCAUACAGCAGAGACAACGCAAGAGUGGUUUCAGGACAAGUCUCUCUAUGUCCUUGAGUGGCCCAGCCUGAGCCCGGACUUGAACAUCUCAGGAGACCUGAAAAUAGCUGUGCAGCAAAGCUCUCCAUUCAACCCAACAUAGCUUGAGAAGAUCUGCAGAGAAGCAAUUCCCCAAAUACAGGUAUGCCAAGCUUGUAGCAUCUCUUACCCAAGAAGACUCAAUGCUGUCAUCGCUGCCAAAAGGUGCUUCAACAAAGUACUAAGUAAAGGGUGUUAAUAAUAAUUAUGUAAAUGUGGUCGUUUUUUAAAAUUAGCAAAAAUUUCUGUAUUGUGUGUAGAUUGAGGAAAACUUUCAAUUGUAUUCAUUUUAGAAUAAAGCUGUAACGUAACAAAAUGAAGUCAUGGGGUGUGAAUAUGUCCCAAAGGCACUGUAUGACCGACUAACAGUUACUCACUAAUUUAUAAAACUGACCAAUGUCUAAUGACAAGAGAUGGUCAAAGUGAUAACCCUUUGACAGAGGGUUACUUUGUAAGACCUGAAUGAUAACCAAACCCUGACAUCACAAUAUCCCACUCAAUGAUUUGCUGAUUUCACUGCUUGCAAAAUCCCACGAUUUUAAGUGUUUUAUAUCUCUGCAUCUUUACUUCCUUCUUGAUGUUGUACCCUUUCUACAAGUGGAAGACUGUAACGGUGUCUAUAGUAACUAGAUGUACUUUGAUUACAUUAUGAAAAACGAUAGAUCAGAUGUGCUUGUGUUUUAAAAGAGACAAAAGGAAAUGUCUUACAAUCCCCCUUUGACAGAGUGGUUUGUAAAUGUUGUGUAUAACGGUGUACUACGAUGGUCUCAUUUGUAUUUCUGUAUACACUUUGGUUAUCCUGUCAUAUCUGGGUUUUAUAAACCACGUUUAUUUUUAAAACUGUCA